GGCGCGUGGGGCCGCGAGCGCCGCCGCCAGAACUUCUGCCAGCGGCCGCCCGUAACCCAAUUGCGCAGAGGGCUCGCCUUGCACCUCCUCUUCCCCUGCCGCCCUCCCUCUCGCCCAGAAAGGAGGACGGACCCAGCUGCAGUCUCCGAGCUGGUUUAUUCUGCGGCCGAGGAUUACAUUUAUGCACGAACGGUCUUACUGGCUCCAGAUUCCCCACCUGGGCACAGGCAUAGGAGGGUUGUUUUCCAAAUUGCUGGUUUUAAUUGCACCUGCCUUUCAGAUUACCUCUGGGAAUCUGUGGGAGGAGCCGAGAGGGUGGAAAAUGUUUCUUCGCUUUGCAAAAGGAAGAAAACUUUGUCACCCAGCGGGAGACCUCAGCCACGAGUAACCCGGGGAGACACCAGAACCGGGACGGGCUUUGACUGAUUUGCCUGCGAGGGUUCCGUAGGAAAGGACGCUUGAACUCGGCGCUUCGGCGGCGGCGGCGGCGCGAGUUCCCUGCUCACCCUCCCUCCCCGCGGAAGUCCCCACGAGGUGGCUUCAGGGUGUAACAGAGCGCGCGGCUCCUGUCCGAAGGCAGCGGCCGGGGGAGGGAAGGAGGGGACCGAAUCCCCGAGGAGUUUCCCAGAAUCAACUUCUGGUUAGAGUUAUGGGAAGCGCGGUUAUGGACACCAAGAAGAAAAAAGAUGUUUCCAGCCCCGGCGGGAGCGGCGGCAAGAAAAAUGCCAGCCAGAAGAGGCGUUCGCUGCGCGUGCACAUUCCGGACCUGAGCUCCUUCGCCAUGCCGCUCCUGGACGGAGACCUGGAGGGUUCCGGAAAGCAUUCCUCUCGAAAGGUGGACAGCCCCUUCGGCCCAGGCAGCCCCUCCAAAGGGUUCUUCUCCAGAGGCCCUCAGCCCCGGCCCUCCAGCCCCAUGUCUGCACCUGUGAGGCCCAAGACCAGCCCCGGCUCUCCCAAAACCGUGUUCCCGUUCUCCUACCAGGAGUCCCCGCCGCGCUCCCCUCGACGCAUGAGCUUCAGUGGGAUCUUCCGCUCCUCCUCCAAAGAGUCUUCCCCCAACUCCAACCCUGCUACCUCGCCCGGGGGCAUCAGGUUUUUCUCCCGCUCCAGAAAAACCUCCGGCCUCUCCUCCUCUCCAUCAACACCCACCCAAGUGACCAAGCAGCACACGUUUCCCCUGGAAUCCUAUAAGCACGAGCCUGAACGGUUAGAGAAUCGCAUCUAUGCCUCGUCUUCCCCUCCGGACACAGGACAGAGGUUCUGCCCGUCUUCCUUCCAGAGCCCGACCAGGCCUCCACUGGCAUCACCAACACACUAUGCUCCCUCCAAAGCCGCGGCGCUGGCGGCGGCCCUGGGACCCGCGGAAGCCGGCAUGCUGGAGAAGCUGGAGUUCGAGGACGAAGCAGUAGAAGACUCAGAAAGUGGUGUUUACAUGCGAUUCAUGAGGUCACACAAGUGUUAUGACAUCGUUCCAACCAGUUCAAAGCUUGUUGUCUUUGAUACUACAUUACAAGUUAAAAAGGCCUUCUUUGCUUUGGUAGCCAACGGUGUCCGAGCAGCGCCGCUGUGGGAGAGUAAAAAACAAAGUUUUGUAGGAAUGCUAACAAUUACAGAUUUCAUAAAUAUACUACAUAGAUACUAUAAAUCACCUAUGGUACAGAUUUAUGAAUUAGAGGAACAUAAAAUUGAAACAUGGAGGGAGCUUUAUUUACAAGAAACAUUUAAGCCUUUAGUGAAUAUAUCUCCAGAUGCAAGCCUCUUCGAUGCUGUAUACUCCUUGAUCAAAAAUAAAAUCCACAGAUUGCCCGUUAUUGACCCUAUCAGUGGGAAUGCACUUUAUAUACUUACCCACAAAAGAAUCCUCAAGUUCCUCCAGCUUUUUAUGUCUGAUAUGCCAAAGCCUGCCUUCAUGAAGCAGAACCUGGAUGAGCUUGGAAUAGGAACAUACCACAACAUUGCCUUCAUACAUCCAGACACUCCCAUCAUCAAAGCCUUGAACAUAUUUGUGGAAAGACGAAUAUCAGCUCUGCCUGUUGUGGAUGAGUCAGGAAAAGUUGUAGAUAUUUAUUCCAAAUUUGAUGUAAUUAAUCUUGCUGCUGAGAAAACAUACAAUAACCUAGAUAUCACAGUGACCCAGGCCCUUCAGCACCGUUCACAGUAUUUUGAAGGUGUUGUGAAGUGCAAUAAGCUGGAAAUACUGGAGACCAUUGUGGACAGAAUAGUAAGAGCUGAGGUCCAUCGGCUGGUGGUGGUCAAUGAAGCAGAUAGUAUUGUGGGUAUUAUUUCCCUGUCAGACAUUCUGCAAGCCCUGAUCCUCACACCAGCAGUUGGGAAGUUUAAGUGUUCUGCGUGCGUGAGGAAAGUGUACAGAACGUAUUCUAAGUUAAGAGCAUCCUAUCAAGGUCCAGUGGCCCCCUGAAUGACUUGGGAGCCAUUGCCAUUGUUCAUCAUAACCUUUUCCACUGAAAAGACCUCUUCAGUUGUGCUUUGUGAGAGAACUAGUGACUAGAAACAGAGGGAACAUCACUGGCUUCUAUUGAUAACUUCAUCUUUCCUUAAAGAGAAAAAAAAAACAUUUUGAGUAGAUAAAACAGAAUACCUAAACACAAAUUUUAUUCAUUAAUAUUGUAUGGAAAUCACAUUCACUUUCAAAUAGAGUGUGGUUAAACUCAUUUUCUGACAGAUUCACUUUGAGCAAGCCCUCAGAGUCUCAGACAGUGAGGAGCAGAGAGAACAGGAGAGGCCUUUAGACAAGAGGAACUGGCCUUCCUCUCAUUUCACACACUCAGUAGUAAGAGGUAGGCUUCAGAGUUCUUAAAACCACCAGCCCUCCCUUCCCUCUUCCUCUUCUUCCCAUCCCUCCACCUCCCCAGCCCCAGUCAAAUAUGAACAACCCAGCCUUUGUCAGGGCCCCAUGGACACAAUGUGGGAGCAAACAGCAUGCCCUUUGAACUCUCAGAAUCCAAUAUUAAACGGUGUGUGUGCUACAGUAUUGAUUUCUCUUUAGUUCAGAAAUUUCAGCUGAGACUAGUUUUUACAAUCAGUCUGUAACCCAAAAAUACCUUCCCUAAAGGAAUCUUCAGCACCUGCAAGAAACAUGUCUUAUUCGCUAAAUGAGAACACCGAGAGAAAUUCCAGUACAGCAGUGAUUUUUCCAAGGUGGUCCUCAGGCCAGGCAUCAUCACCGCCACCUGGAAUUUACUAGAAAAUGAAGUGUUCAUGUUGGGGCCCCGCCCCAUAUCCACUGAAUCAGAAACUCUAGAAAUGGGGCCUGGUGCAGUCACUUGCAAACUUCAAGUGUUUAAAAGACCUGAAUCUCACAGUAGUCUUUAUAAUCAUGAAACAUUAAGAACUAAACGAAUGUUAACGCCAUAAAACUGGAAAUAAUCCAAAUAUCUUUGAAAAGAAGAAUGGACAAAUUGUGUCACAUUCAUUUGAUGGAAUACGAUACAGUAUUGAAAACGAACAGUACAGCUGCGUUCAACAGUGGAGGAAUCUCACAGGCAACAUUGAACAGCGGGAGCCAGACUCACCCAGACCAUCAUAUUAAAUUCAUAUGAAUUUCCAAGCAGGCAAAACUGCACAGCACAUUUGUGCUAACUAGAAAAGGCCUCUUCUCUGGGCAGAUUUAUCCCCACAGGUAUAUAGCUUAGCACCUUCAGAAAAAGAUACCCUGUUUCCAGCCCUGGACCGCGAGACACAGUCUGCCCAGCGGGUCAGGCUGAAUGUCAGCUCUUGUCUGUCUCUUUGGGCAUUACAAAAAGACUAAACAAGUCAAGUGAUUCAUCCUCUCUGUUUCUUGAUAUCUCAAACCAUAAGAAUGAACAGUUGUGCUGGAUGAGUUCAAAUUUCCAUCCAGAUUUGGUAUUUCAAAAAUUCUAAGUCAUUGCAAUGCCCCACCCAUCCCUGCUGGCGCAGGGACUAAUCUAUUUCCAGCUGGAAUUGAGAAUGUAUGUUACCAUAGAAAUUGUGCCGUGAAGAUGGGGGUAACUGGAUUGGAAUUCCUUAUGAUACAGUGUAUACAACACGAUUCGUUGAGGAAAAUAUUCCGUGUUGCUAAUAACUGGAUUACAAGUGAACUUUUGGAGUGGAACUCAGGGAACGCCUCCAUCUGAUCAACAGUCGCAAACGAGGAGGCCCCCACUGUGAGGCCAAGUCCCAGCUGUCCCACCCGAGCGCUGUCUGAAUGUAGGCAAGUCACUUCACCUCCUUCAGCCCCAAUUUCUUCAGUGGAGAAGGAGCGGGCUGAUACAGGCCCGUCUGCCUCCUAAGAUGCUAUGAAAAGAGCUGAAAGCCGUGCACAAAAGCCGUGUGUGUGCAAUGAGGCACAGUGCCCAGGACCAGCACUGUUAGGUGGUUGUCCAUGGACUAGUCAGUCAGAGGCAGUGUGAUGAAGUGUCUGCUGUUACUCGAUUAAA